UGCAAUGUGUUCACAGUAUACAGUAUUGGUGUUUGCAGUAUUGGCUGCGCUUGCAUUCAGCGCAUCGCAUUAUGGACAUUUUCAAGAAAACCGCGCCGCAGUCAGAACAAAAAGGCAGGUUUGGGGCUCCACGACUGAGACCGCUGGAUCGUCUAAUUACUACAUUAACUAUCCAGAAAAUCUAAAUCAAAAUCAUCAAUUACAAUACUUUAAGCAAGAUCAACCAAAUGUGUCAUACAUCUAUUACACACCCAAUAAUGAUUACUACAAGCCCAAUCCGCCACCCCAACCACCACGUCAUUGGGAAGAAUACUACUAUCCCUACAACAGACCUCGUCCACCGCCGCCGCCACACGAUGAAAGGCAUCCCCGACAUCCAGAUGAUUUUGGUCCACCUCACGAUAGACCUCCGCCUCCACCUCAUCAUGGUCCACCACCUCCGCCACACCAUGGACCUCCACCGCCGCCUCCACACGAUGAAAGACAACCCCGAUAUCCGGACGAUUUUGGUCCACCUCACGAUAGACCUCCUCCGCCACACCAUGGACCUCCACCGCCGCCGCCACGCGAUGGAAGGCAUCCCCGACAUCCGGACGAUUUUGGUCCACCUCACGAUAGACCUCCUCCGCCACACCAUGGACCUCCACCGCCGCCGCCACACGAUGGAAGGCAUCCCCGACAUCCAGAUGAUUUUGGUCCACCUCACGAUAGACCUCCGCCUCCACCUCAUCAUGGUCCUCCAUUUCCGCCACACCAUGGACCUCCACCGCCGCCUCCACACGAUGAAAGGCAACCCCGAUAUGAUGAGUUCGGUCCACCUCACCAUAGACCUCCGCCUCCACCGCACUAUGGUCCACCGCACCUUGGGCCUCCGAACCAUGGGCCUCCACACCGUGGGCCUCCGCACCAUGGGCCUCCGUACCGUGGGCCUCCGCCUCCACCACACCAUGGACCUCCACCACCGCCCAACCAUGGUCCACCAUAUGAUGAACGGAAACCUCCACCUCCGCAGUCUUAUAACAAUUAUAACUCUGACCACGGCAACGAAGCCUAUCGGCAACCUUAUGGUCAUAGUCCACCUCAUGACAGUCAUGACCCUGCACCCGAGAAUCGUUGGCCUCCACUGAAUGGCCAAGGACCACCUAGGGAAAACGAGCAACCCGGUGGAUUUGGGCCACAUGGUAAUAACGGGGUUCAGCCUGGUAGUACACCUAGUACAUCAUCCGCCCAGAAUACUGAAAAUGAACAGAUUCUUCAAAACCUUAAACUCAUUUUCCGGGAAGGGCUUUAUAAUACAGCACCGAACGAUCAGGCUCAAAGUGACUCAACAGAUGUCAAAAUGAUCGAAGUGUUAAGUACAGAGAAUCCUACACGUAAAGGAGGACAGCCUCUUAGUAAUUUUGACGCAAAUACAAGCGGUUCAAUAACUCCAUCGCCUCAUUUAAAUUAUUUCCAAGUAGAACCUGUGACACCAGAAAAACAACUAACAGUUACUGAGCUUCUAAGCCUUCAAGAUUACCGCUUUACUGAUGUACAUAAGUGGCCUCCUCGAGGCCAUGUACCGUCUGGACCAGAAAGAAGUUUUCCAAACGAUGAUCCAAAGCGAAGACGGCCACCAGUGGAGGCUGGACCAGCAGUUCGUAAAAGAUCACCGGAUCCACCAAGAAAUCGAGGUCCAUACGAUCAUAGAGAACAUGGGCCACCUAGCCGAUAUGGGCCACCUGAAAGACAAGGACCACCACGUGGACAUGGACCAUCUGACAUACAUGGACCCCCUGAUGGACUAGGGCCGCCACGUGAACACGGACCACCUAACAUGCGUGGACCUUUUGGUAGUCAAGGACAACCUGGUGAACAUGGACCGCCUGAUAGACAAGGAAAACCUGGUGAACAUGGACCACCUCCAGGUGGGCAUCCACCACCUGGCGAACGCGGCCCACCCGGCGGGAAUACACCACCUUUAGGUGGACACGAACCGCCUACUGAUAGACAUGAAAUACCUCCUGGCCACCGUGAUCAACAUGAUAGCCAUGGAUCUUAUUCCCCAGAAGACAGUUCUCUAUCCACUAAUAAUGAUGAAAAUUCACAAGACAGCAAAGACAUAAAGUUAAACUUCAGUGAGAAUUUUAACAAUACUGUACAGAAAAAUGAACAGAAACCAAAAGUCAAAGACGGCCAACCUCUUAGUAACUUAGAUGCAAAUAUUCAUCAUUCUAUAGCUAACACUCCAGCUCCUUACCUAAACGUUUAUCAAGUCGCUCCUGUGACCCCAGAAAGUUAA